AUGGAAGAAAUAUACCAGACGCGGUUCAACGCGCGUGGAUCUCGCACCUGCAGAUGCGGAUUUCGUGCGCCGAACGCGGCACCGAUGGCUGCACAUAUCCUGGUACACGCAGCGUGUCGUGUCUUCGGAUCUCGAGAGUUCGGAGAAGUCCCAUGGCACGGGCGUCUCCCAAAAGGUACCAGGACACGAUUGACGUUGCAUAUCAUGGCGCGGUUUCGGUUUGCCUGUGUGGCGGGUGCGUUGCUGGGUUUCUUUGGUAAAUUUGUUGUAUCAGGAGAGUUUGCAUACGAGGCUUGUAUCAUUGUUUUUGCAUUUGUGCUUUCUUUGACGGCGCUGGCGUCUAAUCAGACGGGUUAUAGGUACAGCGACGGCUUAUGCUGCGGUUCCACAGGUUUAUGUGUCUACUUCGUAGAUGUGUGUAAGUAG